AGACCAGUACAUACUCGAUCGCGUUCUUGUCGAAAAAAAACUCCUUCGAAUUCGAUUUGAAAUCUUGAAUGUCAUUUCGGGAUAGUGCAGUCACAAUACAAUAGUCAAUACUGAGAGCAAAUGCUUGUGGUAGUAUAUUAGACUCUGUCAGUACUGUUAGAAUGGCAGCUAGAAGAAGGCGAGGGCAUAAUGAAGGUGAAAGAGGCCAAUCUGCAGAAAAUACUGGAAAACCUAGUGGCAGUGGUGGCAGCCAUGUUGGGUUUCUGCUUGGCCUAUGGACACUGAUGACGGUGCAAAACUGGAUUCUGGACUUUGGCAGACCAAUAGCGAUGAUCGUCUUCCCGCUGGAAUGGUUUCCUCUGAGUAUGCCGAGUGUCGGCGACUACUUUCACAUGGCCUACAAUGUCAUCACUCCGUUUUGCCUCUUACAGUUGCUAGAUCUGUGUCCACGGCGAGUACCUACGACGCUGCGCUACCUCACCGUUGUGUUCAUGGUCAUGGGUGCCAGUAUUCAUCUUGUCGGCGACUCGGUCAAUCAUCGCCUUAUCUACAGUGGCUAUCAGUUUCAUUUGUCAGUUAGGGACAACCCAAUCAUGCAGAAGCUUGAACCGCAAAGUUUGGUGGACUCAUUUGAGCUGUUGUACUUCUAUGAUGAGCAUUUGGGCCAUUUGAUGUGGUACAUCCCGUUCUUCUUGGCUCUGGUCCUGUUCGCGUGGGGCAGCUUUGUCCCGUCCUCCGCACCAGCUUCUCAACGACAUCUGCCGCUCUCUGGGCACAUUCUUCUGUGGCCUAGUGCAUUGUACUACUGGUAUCUCGUGACAGAAGGCCAGAUCUUCAGUGCGUAUAUUGUCUCAGUGCUGGCAAUCAUACUCAUUGUCCUCUACCGACAACUCACUUCCGACCAAGUGCUCGACUGUAAUGGCCGCUUCCUCCUCUACACAUUCCUGCUCACACUGGCCAUGAUUGCUGGCUGGGUGGGCUACCUUUGGAACGACACCGUCCUCCGGCAGAAGUACCCCGGCCUGGUCUACAUCCCCGAGCCGUGGUCCUGGUACAGCUUGUCGUUUGACUUGAAGAGAUAGCAACCUCCGUGCGUGCAUGUGUGUGUGUGUGUGUGUGUGUGUGUGUGAGUGUGUGUGACCGGAUCCGUAUGAGCACACAUGUGUGUUUUAGACGUUUUUAGAGUAGGAUUUUCAUUAUUAGUAUUCCCAGACAGUUUUGAGGACCUGACCACAUUAUAUUUUCAAUUCGUCACAUGGAAACGGGAGAAGUUCUGAGUUUCAUGCGCUGUGAACCGAAGUCAACCAUAUGGCAGAGGCGGUCGAACCAGAUGGCUUUUUACUUGAGACUGCGUAUUCUGUGCUUCUUAUAAAUGAAUGUCAUUGGGCAAUUUGUUCAUUGGCUAGCGAA